AUGCCUGGAUUUUCUUUUAGAAAGAAUUUAGCCUUGCUGAUGCCAUUUCAGAAGCUGCAUUGUCAGCAAAUAUCAGAUAUAUAUUGGAUGGUAAGAGAGCUCACGGGACAGUCGACGGUACCAUCAGACGUAAAAAUGUUGAGGAUCGUAAGCCUGGCGGUGACUUUGGCCGUGUGCGUGGCACGACCCAACCAAUGGGACGACCAGCUUGGGCUCUUCCCUGCCGACGGCGGAGACUCUCAGCCCAUCUUGCCUCGCGCCGUCGCCAACCCUACCACGCCCAACCAGAUACUCGACGCAGUGCUCGAAGGAGCUAUCGCAUACAUGGAAGCACUAGGAUGGUGUGGAUCCAAAAACGUGCAGAAUGGAGAGUCAAACCUGCCCUUCCAAGUCAACUCUGACGGAAGCAGUUCCGAGAACUUCAGCAUCACUAAGGCCAACGUGACUGGACUCUGCUCCCUGCGCCGCUCCAAGUCCGCUUCCUUCAACGCCGACCAGAGUGUGCUCUCCGGUUCGGUUGUCGUGGAAAACGCUCGUGCCAACGCCGACUACACGGUAACCUUUGCCGGUGUUGGAGAAGCUCCAGCCCAGACUGUUUCUGGUCAAGUUGUAGAGCGUGUGGACAAGCUUAACAUCGCCAGCUACACCGCAAGAUCGGGUCACGACCUGCUUGAAAGUGCAAGCAACUUGGACGGCAACAAUAUGAAGGACGUUCACAGCGCCGGCUUCAGGAAGGCUUUGCGAGAGAUCCUGGAGAAAACCAUGGCUUCCAACGUGAAAGUGCAGAUUAACAAGUCCAUCCAGGAUAUGAAGAAUGCUUAA